AUGGCACGGAAUGGCCCGGCUGCCCUUGACUAUCUGGGCACAGAAGCCGAAGAUUUCUGCAAUCCGCAACACUUGUACCUGAAACCGAUGGCAAUCAUCAAAAUUGUAGUUGUUCUGCCGAGAGUAAGUCAAUUUCAUGCACAUUAAAUCAAUAACUCAUUAUUGUCUUCUUCAUUUUGCAGAUGACUAUUCCUGGUCAAUCGAUUUCUAACUGGGACCUAAUGGAACGUCUGAAACGUGCAAUCGACCCGAUUCAGAUGGAUUCAAUCAAAGUCCGCGAAAGUAACAUUGACAGUGUGGUAUUCGAAGCGGAACUUUUAUCACUUGGAAUUAUGCAGAAAACUAUGAAAAUUCUGGACGGCUUCUCAUUGAAAGUUUCCGGUUUCGCCGAGGCACUGAAAGUGAAGACCAAAGAGGCAAAAUUGGAUUUUCCGAGCAGGCACGACUGGGAUAAUUGGUUCAUGAAAAACAAAAUGGACGAGGCGAAGCCCGGAGAACGUCCGGACACGGUUUAUCUGGCGAAGAUUCCAGUGAAAUGGUUCAAUGUAAUAAUAAAAAUAGUAUAAUAAUAUCACUUUCUUCGUUUUUAGGACGGUCGCUCAGAUCUUCCAUCGGAACGACGACUCCGUUUGGCAAUGGAGAACUUUGGAGCAGUUCGAGCAGUUGAUAUUCCCAUUUGUGAUCCUUUGAGAGCUCAGAUGAAUCCGAAAAUAUCUGGAAUUCAACAGAAAGGGUUCGGAUUGGGACAGGUAACCUAUCCGUUGAAGAAAUUUCCAAAAAACCGAGUUUUCGUGAGUUCAGGAUGUGUUUUUCGAAGCGUAUGUGCAGUACACCGAGUACAAAGGCUUCGCGACUGCAAUGGACGCACUCAGAAACCGAAAAUGGGCAAAACGGAUUGACGGACGAUUCUUUCAGGCUAUGAUAAAGGUACAGUAUCUGAUAGAUACUCCAAAGUUGUGCUUUUUUUUUCAUAGUUUUCUGGGGGUUGGGCUGAGCCAUAGUUUUAAAUGUGAUAAAACGUCUGAAAAUUGCAUAUCCCUCGUCUUCUUCUUCCAUCGGGACCACUCUGCAGGCGAGUCUCAUAACACGUGCUCCAAAUGAGAAUCUGAAAGCUUCGCAGGUGGAUUUCGAUCGGACGCGUCAUCUGAGCGAAGUUCAAAUUGCGAAACGAGCCGAAGAGCGAAGGAAAAUUGAGACGGAGCGACUGCGGAAAGAAGAGGAGGAAUUGACUGCAAAGUAUGAAUUGAGAAUGGAGAAUUCAAAAUCGUUCGAUUGUUUUAGACGUCAAGAAGAGCUGAAGAAGAAGCAAGAGCAAGAUGAGAAGGAUAGAAGACGUGAGGAAAGGGAACGGAAAAGGAGGGAAAAAGUGAGAACAGUGCUGUUUCAGUUUAGAUGUAAAAUGAAUGAAUUACAGAGAGAACAAGAGAGAAUCGCCGAGGAAGAGAAGAAAAGAAAAGAGAUCGAGCAGCAGGAAACGGAGCACCGUGCUCGAGUGUCCCGUCGUCUCGAAGGCGUUCGUCUUCUGAAGUUUUUGUUCGAAAAGAUUGAAGAGAGAGAGGAAAGAAGGAAAAGAAAGGAGGAGGACAAACUGAGAGAGGAACUCAGCAAGAUCAAAGGGCUGGAAGAUCAGCCGGUGGAGCAGGAAGACGCCCUCAGACAGGCACUGCUGCAGCAGAGAGAAAUUAGGAUGAGGGAGCGGCUGAAGGAGAAAAUGAAGAUUGGACAGAAGCCGAAGGAGAAGAAGAAGCAGAAGAAGACGGAGAGAAAGAGAAAGAGCAACAGACACGACAGUAAGUUGGAAUCGAAUGGGAACUGAUGGAAAUUGGAUUAUUUCAGCAUCUUCGAGUGAUUCUGACUCCGACGACUCCACUGGCGGCAAUUCUUCGUCCUCUUCGGCGUCUUCUGAGCGGAGUCUUCGUCGCCGUCGGAAACGUCGAAGCGACGAAGGCAAGAGCUCUUCUGAUUCCUCGCGACGUCAUCGUCAUCAUCACGAGAGGAAGCAUCGUAAACGCGAUUAG